AUGAAUGCAGACUUUGCAAUGGCGACAACGACGCUUCGUGAUCUGUUAUCCAACUAUUAUGAGCUCAACAGCUCAGCCAUAGAAGAGCUUGAUGCCGAACCAAGUCCCCUAGAAUUCAUGCGAUACGUCUCUCGAAAUACCCCGUUUGUAAUUCGUGGAGGAGCUUCGUCAUGGAAAGCCACCCAGAAAUGGGACGCUGCAUAUCUCAAAUCUGCCCUUGCAGGCCAAACCGUCAACGUCGCCAUCACACCUCACGGAAACGCUGAUGCGCCAACCUUCUCGCCCAAGCAUGGCAUUACCGUCUUAUCUAAACCGCAUGAAGAGCCUCAGAUGUUUGACCGAUUCCUCGGAUAUGUCAUACGACAAGAGAUAGAGGCCGACUUUCCAGAAAAUUCCGAAGUGCGAUAUGCACAGACUCAAAAUGACAAUCUUAGAGACGAGUAUGCUUGUCUGUUUCCCGAUGCCCAAAGAGACAUACCUUUUGCCCGUAUCGCUCUGCGGAAAGGUCCCGAUGCUGUGAAUUUGUGGAUCGGGAACUCAAAGUCAGUGACCGCAGUCCAUAAAGAUAACUUUGAAAACAUCUUUGUUCAAGUUGUCGGCCGGAAACAUUUCGUGUUGCUUCCUCCAGUGUCCCAACCUUGCAUGAACGAGGUUUUACUCCCGCCAGCUACAUACAAACGGGAUGGAGUUGAGCUGUCUAUCCGGCUCGAUGAUGAUGCUGAUCUAGUCCCCAUCGCUACGUGGGACCCUGAAGAUCCCCAAGUCAACGCCACGCCUUUAUCUCAGUACGCGCAACCAAUGAAGGUUACUUUGAAUCCUGGUGAUAUGCUAUAUCUACCAGCCAUGUGGUAUCACAAAGUGAGUCAAUCCGAUGUUCCAAAUGGCGAAGGAUUUGUGGCUGCCAUUAAUUACUGGUAUGACAUGGACUUUAGUGGCCCGUUAUAUUCCCUGGCUUCUCUCGUCCGCGCUCUGUCCAAUGGUAGCACUCGCAAUUGA